AUGUUUUGUAAAUUUAUAACUUUUCUGUGUAUUAUCCUUGGUCACUAUUAUGUGACUCCGUGCGGUAUUAUUACACACAUAGAAGUAUCUCAUCGUGCACAAGAUUUAUGGAAUCACCGAUCAAAUUAUCAAUUACUUGUACGAAAACAUCAAGAUGCGCUUCAAGCUGGUAGUCCUUAUCCAGAUGUUAUGUAUGACAAACUCUGUUAUAAUGGAUAUUUACAUUCUGUUGCUGAAAAUACGCAUUGGUAUCCAUUCAUGAAAACAGCAAUUGACUAUUUGAGACAAGUAUAUCCACCACCGUUAAAAUCAGGACAAACUGAUGGUGAAAAAUUACUUGUAUUCUUGUUGGGAAUUGCAGCUCAUCAGAUAUCUGACGCUGUGUGGCACGGAAGUCUUACUGGGUGUCCGAAUGGCUUCAUUGAUGCAAAUGCGUGGAGCGACUUCUAUGGUGAUCGUAAUCAGGCUCAUUCAAGUGCAGAUCUUGGAGGCGAUUCAGUAGCAGAUUAUGAACUACCAAUAGGCUACAUUGGUCUCGUUGAUAAUUGGUAUACACCAACACAACAUUUACAAAUGAUCUAUAGACAAUAUGCCAAUAUCUUUCACUCACCAACAGAAUUAAACGCUACAGCUGAACGCGUACAAGCAUGCAGUACUUUAACAUUUAUUCAACGUUUUCUUGCAAAUCUAUUUCUUGGUAAAGCAUAUUCACAUUAUUCAAAAACUAACACACUUCUGUUAGAUGAGUUUUAUAAUUACUAUUAUGGAGGCAUCGAAAAUAUGGUACGUGAAACACUUCGUUAUUGGGAUAUAAUCAUUGAUAUGUAUGAGUACGGAACAGAUAUUUGUACAAACGGCAAUAGAAAUCCUUAUUAUUUAAAUUGUACAAAUAAUUUUCAACGACAAAUUUCAUAUCUUGAACAAAAACAAUCAAUAUCAUAUAUAAGAACUGUAACACAUGGUACUCGUCUACCAUUUACAUCUCAGACUUUACCUUUAGCAAAAAAGUUAGAAUACACAGAAAUUGAUAGGGGUUUAAUCUCAGAUCAAAGUUAUGCGAAUUUUGGUCAUUCAUCAUUAAUAGCUGAUUUUAAUAAUGAUGGAAUUGAUGAUCUGGUUGUAUCAGCGCCAAAUUAUUAUAUAUAUGGAUGUGCUCAAGGUGGCCGUGUAUUUAUUAUUUAUGGUCGAGAUGAACAACCUAUAAUUCCAGAACGACAUAUAUCUGUUAUUGAACAAUUAGCUAACCAGACAUUAAUUUCUCCAUCGUGUGAUGGUGAUCGUUUUGGUACGUCAUUAACAAUCAUUGAUUGGAACAACGAUAGUUAUAAUGAUUUAGUGGUUAGUAGUCCAUCAAGAGGUUUUGGAUUUAUUGGCUCAAUAUUUAUUUAUGCUGGUAGUGAAAGUGGUUUACAAUCAUUACCUUAUUUACAAAUUGAUGGCAUCAACGAACAUGAUUCUAUCGGAUGGAAUGUACAAAGUACACAUUUCGAUGAUGAUAAUAUACUUGAUCUUUUGAUAACAAGUCCAUAUGCACAAAAAAAUGGUUAUGAUGAACCGCAGCGUGGUGUGGUAUGGAUCUUUUUAAGCAGCAGACAAGAACAAAUGGCGCAUUCAGAAUACAUUCAUUUAACAGUAAAAGAUGCGACAUACACAAUAUGGGGUGAAAUAUCAAAAUCGAAAUUUGGUUAUUCAACAACAAUUGUUCCGUCAUCUUGUACAACAGAUAAACAGCCAAUAUUACUGAUUAGUGCACCUAAUUAUGCUUCACCAAAUACGCUACAGAGUCAAGGUGUUGGGAAAAUCUAUGCUUAUACAAUUAAUGAUACAGGGCCACAAUUAACAUUCACCCUUUCAGGAAACAAUAUGGAUCAUUUUGGACAUAGUCUAUCAAUUAGCCAACAACACUGUGUAUUAGCUGUUGGAGCACCAACACGUUCGACGUCAAAAAUCAAUAAAGAAUGGACAGGUGCAGUUAUUUUAUUAUCAUUUGCAGAAUUACUGACAAAGAGUAUUUAUAAGCGAGAAUCUUUAUCUGUAAAUGCUGUUUCUGUACUUGCUACAAUUGUUGGCGAAUUACGUUUUCAACGAUUAGGUUGGGCUGUAGAAUGGUCAACUACAUUUGAUUUAUGUAUAACAGCACCACUCGGUACAUCUUUAUUAUCGUCCGAAGGACGUACUUAUAUAAUCAAAGGGGAACGUAUUCCAUUAAAACCAACAUCUGACCCAAUUUCAAUAACAAAACUUAGCUCAAAAACAUUUGUUGCACAUGACAGAAUGAACCGUUUCGGUACACAUUUAAAUUUACUUUCAUCGCCAUUAUCAAAUUCAACAUAUUUAGCAAUUUCGUCUCCGCUUACAGCUUCAAAACAAGAUAAUAUUCGUCUUCCCGGUACACUCUAUAUAUACAAAUUUUAA